GGAGCACACAAUAAUUUGUUUGCGUCGUGUUUGUCCUUUACCAUUCAUAAAUGUAAAAAUUAAGUUCAGGAGCUAAAUAAAAUAUUUUAGCUGUUGAAAAUACGAUUAGAACUCCAUUCCUUCAGAUCAAAAUUAUCUGAAUAUUUUUAGUUUCUAUAGAAAAUCUAUAAAAUAAAGGUAAAAAACAAUAAAACAGAAGUAUGACAUGAAUCAGCUGAUCCAACGCAGUUACGACAAACAAGGCUGACGCCAUAUUGCCCGUUGUUACAUGAUUACGUGGUGUUUUCGGAAAGUUUUGUUUCAAUUUAGAGGCUUUUGAAGAGCCAAACCCCUUUGGGUUGUUAAUAUAAUACACAAUUCACAAUGGCAUCACCACGAAAGAAGGUGUUGCUGAAAGUCAUCAUUUUGGGUGAUUCAGGUGUUGGAAAGACCUCAUUGAUGAACCAGUAUGUCAAUAGGAAGUUCUCCAAUCAGUACAAAGCUACCAUCGGUGCAGAUUUUCUUACAAAAGAAGUGAUGGUUGAUGACCGACUUGUAACAAUGCAGAUCUGGGACACGGCCGGCCAGGAGCGCUUCCAGUCGCUGGGCGUGGCGUUCUACCGGGGCGCCGACUGCUGCGUGCUCGUCUACGACGUGACCAGUCCCAACACGUUCCGGUCGCUGGACUCGUGGCGGGACGAGUUUCUGAUCCAGGCCAGUCCGCGCGACCCGGACCACUUCCCGUUCGUGGUGCUCGGCAACAAGGUGGACCUCGACAACCGCGCCGUGCCCACCAAGCGGGCGCAGCAGUGGUGUCACAGUAAGAACGAGAUUCCCUACUUCGAGACGAGCGCCAAGGAGGCCAUCAACGUGGAGCAGGCGUUCCAGACGAUCGCCAAGAACGCGCUGGCUCAGGAGUCGGAGGUGGAGCUGUACAACGAGUUCCCCGACCAGAUCCGGCUGACGGGUGACAGCCGGAACAAGCAGGAGGCGUGCGGCUGCUGAGGCCGGCGCACGGCGCGCCCCGGCCACCGCGACUGACCGACGGACGGACCCAGACGGCGCCCCAGCAGACUCGGACCGACCGCCGACAUUACGCCGACGGCAGGGCAGAUGCCGCUCCAUGUGGCUCGUUAUUUGAGUUUACGGGUCGCGUUUACCGGACCGGUGCUAGUAUUGAGACAUCUUAGAAUAUUUACUAGCCGCUGCUGUUCAAUGCUUAAAUUCGAGACCACUAGCUGAUUUCUUUCAGUUUCUCCUUGGUCCGGCUUAAUCACCGACGAACUUCGCACACCUGCUCAUACUCUGACUCUGACUGACCUGACCUGACUUGACGCGACCUGCCCCAACUGCCCCCGACUGGACGGACUGGAGCGGACUUUAGAAGGACUGGGCAUGCGGCGCGGCGCGGCGUCUCGCCUGUUUAUCCGGGGAAAGCGGACUCGUGUGCCCUCACUCAGCCCAGCUUUAUGUCAAGUGACGCGCGACGCGACGCGAAGCCCCCACAUCUACCGUGGCGCGCCUGCUGAACUGUGUAUCGGAGAGCGUGGCCGUGGAUCGUAUUAAAUCAUGAAUAUGAGAGUUAGCCGGGGUGCGGCCUGAAGUAAAUCUGGGGGCGGUAGCUCGGCUGGGGCGUCUGAUACCCCCGGCGCAGCGGCAGCGCCCCCUGGGAUAUACCUAUACAUACAUAGAUAGUCGUCUAGUUUACAGUGAACUCGCUCAUUUAGGUAAGGGUGCAUGAUUCUGUUGCGGCUUUUCUGUUACGUCACAUGUUCCUCUCAAAGGCUCCGCUAACCACGGUGCGUUACGUGUGGCGAGUGCACGAGCGAAUGACUAGUCGGUAAGUGAGGCGCGUUCCGCGCGCGCCCGCCGCCGCGAGCGAACCGAGCCGGCGGCGGCUGUCGGCGCCGCGCCAUGAUAUGUAAACACGUGUCGUGUAGGUGCCUGUGAUACACGCGUUUCGGACUUUCACUCUCACUUUCUCGUCCUUUUCCACCGCGGACUGCCGGUCCUCCCGUCGAGCGGGCGACUUUCCUCCUUUUCCCCUCUCUUCCCUUUCCCUCAUCUCCUUUCCUUCCUCUCUCUCCUCCAUUUUCUUCUCCACUUCUCGCUCUGCUGUCCUCUGUCUCUCCCUCUCCUCUCUCUCUCUCUCUCUCUCUCUCUCUCUCUCCUCUUUCCGGCGCCCACGGUGUAAGGCGGCAAUCGCGCCCUUGCGAAUGACAUAGCUAUGCCGUUACGAGUAUUUUUCUCAUUUGGCUUAAAUAUUCAUGCAUCCAUAUUACACGAAAUACAGCCGGUUUGUUGAGCUGCUUUGCAGUUAUUUAGAGUCUGAUGUAGCUUUGUAAAGGUUCUGUAUAAUAAAACGGUAUAAUGUAUCGGGUG